AUGUCCGCUUUGCCGGGGACCGACCACUUUCUAAACCCUUUCUUACAGGACCGCACACCCAGCUCCUCUCCUGAGAAUGGGCCCCAUCCCCUCUCCUCCUUCCUGGCCAGAGCCUGUGGCCAAGCCCGACUGGGGGGCAGUGGAGUGGGGCAGGAGCGGCCACACUCUUCCUAUGAGGGGACCAUGAGUUCCAUGACUGGGAUGCUCCAGAUGUGGGGCAGUGAAGUGCCCCAGAGCUCCAGUCUAGGGGUCCAACAGGUGGCAACUCUGACAGUGCCAAAACUACAUUUUCCUGAACACGUCCAGAGCGGACUGGGCCUUCACCCCCAUACCCACCACCACCUCCAUGAGCUGCCUCUCACCCCUCCUGCUGAGCCCUCCUCCACCCCGGCUGCCUACGCCUUUGAGCUCCCCCCAGUGAAGAUGCCCGUUCCUCAGGUCCAGGGUAGCUCUCAUACCCCAUACUUCCACCACCAGCACAAUUGUAUGGGGGAGAACUUUCCUAACUUCCUUCAAGGUUCCACAACAAGACACCCCCACCACACUGGUCGGCAUACAGAGGAAGGUCAGCAGUGGUGGAGCCUGCCCCAGACCACCAGCAGCCCCCAUGGUCAUCAGCAACCUCAUGGCCAGACCCACCAUCACCACCCUCACCCCUUUGCCCUGGGCAGACAGCUGGGGCUGGAGAACCAGCCUCAGAUUGCAGCCCUCCUCCAAGGCUCCUCCAAGGGCCUGCUGGGCUCCACACGCUGCUGCAAGUGCCCCAACUGCCAGGCCUCCUCUGGGGGCACAGGGGCUCCAGCCAACCCUGAGGAACCAGGCCAGAGGAGGCUCCACAUCUGCCACCUGCCCGAGUGUGGCAAGGUGUACAAGAAGACUUCCCAACUGAAGGCCCACCUGCGCUGGCAUGCCGGGGAGCGGCCUUUCGUCUGCAGCUGGCUCUUCUGUGGGAAGAACUUCACACGCUCAGACGAGCUGCAGAGGCACCUGCGCACACAUACGGGGGAGAAGCGCUUCGGCUGCCAGUCAUGUGGGAAGAGGUUCAUGCGGAGUGACCACCUGACAAAACACAAGAAGACCCACCAGGGUAGGAGUGGCCACGACAGCCAGGCCCCCCAACAGGAGGCUCCACAGCCACAGGGUGGCACCAGAGGACCAGCCAGGAACAUCAAGAUAGAGUAG